CUCUAGCUUUUUUUCUUUCUUUUCUUUUUUUUGGAGGGAGCGGAACAAAAAGUGGGAUCAUGACGGGGGAGGAGGGAGCAGUGCAUUCAGACUCAGAGAAUAAACAGAAAUCAGCUUCACAGACUUGCGUGAGCCACGGGGGAGCCCACCAACAGCCGCCUGCAACCUGGAAGAUGGCCCCCACUGCGCAGCGGCGCACCGGCUUUGGGAUCCAGGAGCUGCUCGGCCUAAACAUAGAGCCGCCGGCGGCACCGAGGCGACCGCUGGAAGCUCUGCCGCACAGGGCGCACAUUCUGGCCGCCAGGUCAGCCCUGGGACAUGGAGGCCUCGGGGUCGGCGUAAGCUUAUUGCGACCAGAGAGCAUACACUCGUUUUACAGCCAGCCUGCUUUUCUGGAGGUGCUGUCAGAGGCGCAAAAUGUGCACCUGCAGCCGCUGCACAGGACAACGCGCGUGGACUCUGAAAUGGACGCGCAGCACUCCACCAGCUCCGAUUCUGAUGAUAUAAGCUCCUCCGGCGAUCAGAAAUUCUCCAAAUCCUCUAUGGGUCAGAGCAAGAAACGAAAGAAAAGACGACACAGAACAAUUUUCACAUCCUAUCAGCUGGAGGAGCUGGAGAAAGCUUUUAAUGAGGCUCACUAUCCAGACGUCUAUGCCAGAGAAAUGCUCUCCAUGAAGACUGAGCUACCAGAAGACAGAAUACAGGUGUGGUUUCAAAACCGUCGGGCCAAAUGGAGAAAAAGGGAGAAGUGCUGGGGGCGCAGCAGUGUGAUGGCAGAGUACGGCCUGUAUGGAGCCAUGGUCCGCCAUUCCAUCCCGCUGCCCGAGUCCAUCCUCAAGUCAGCCAAGGAGGGCAGCACAGACUCUUACGCGCCGUGGUUACUGGGUAUGCACAAGAAGUCUCUUGAAAAUAUCCACACGUCUCCAGGAAAAGCCCAGAGCCUGACACCGCCACCAGCUUCACCGGCACAAGAGAAAUUGGUGGAUAAAGUGAUAGAGGAGGAUAAGCCGAAGCAGAAUAAAGACACCGGUUCACCGAUUUCUAAAGAGGAACUGAGGGAGAACAGUAUUGCUGCGCUGCGAGCGAAGGCGCUGGAGCACAGCGCUAAGAUGCUCGGGACAGUUUCUGACAGAACAAACAUUCACGUACCUCGUAAAGAGGAGGCUGAGGAGGAGUUGACGGAGAAGGAAACGGCGAAAGUGAGGAGAAACUGAAAGAGGCUACGGGAUGCGCUCUGCAGAGUGGCAGUUCUAAUGUUCAGAGGCGGCAGUCUUAUUGUGUUGGUUAAACUGAAUCUUGAUGCACGCGGAGUCACUUUGUGUUAUCAUACGUUCCCUUAGGUUUAUGUCUGAAGUCAAGUCUUUAGCUCUGCUGACUGAUUGAGCUUCAAUAACUCAAAUGUUGUAAUGUUUGUACAGCUAACCAAAAAUGCACAACACAUUUGUGCAUGUCUUCUCCUGCAGCUGAUGAGGAAGGGAAGGGAGGAGCACAGAAAUGUUUUCUUUUGAGUUCAUAAUGCCAGGUGGCAAAUUAAAAGGAAAAACCUGACUUCCCCACAUCUACAGUUAGAGGAUCGAGUGGCUUUGAUGUUGUUAUUGUGCUGUUGUGACAUGGUUUGGAUUCACUUGACCCCUUUGGAUGGAAACCUUGUUGGAAAUCGAUGCAAAGUUGAUCUGAGCAAUCGCUUUCAUGCUACGAUGAAACGUUUCUGUCCUACUGGAUGACACCGCCUCUGUCCACACAGGACACGAGGGAUCGUGAUUAAUUAUUCAAAAGUAAGAUCAUGUGAAUUGUGUAUAGCCGUAAAGCAGUGGCAGGUUUCGUUUUGUCUAAACCAAAUGAGGGAAUAUAUUUUUGAAGAAUGCUCUUUGAUCAGUGCAGUGGAGCUCAAUCAAUCCUACGGCACACUGAACUUGCUCUGGCAGCACAUUACCAUAUAAAAAAAACUUUGUGUUGCUUUUUUUAAAUGUAGUGUGUCAUUCUUCUGUCAUACAGCUUGGCAGCUUUUCAUGUAAGCAGAGCCUGGAUUCAAGAGACUUUAUAUAACUUUGACCUCUGACUUUUCUGUGACCCCACAUCUCGGCUCGGUAACUGACACAGGUAUCACUAAAAACAGUCGAUACCAAAUCCUGUAAAAAGGUUUCCUCAGCUCUUAAAUAAGUGGUGUAAAUUUUGAACAUGCCCCAUAGGUAAUAUGGCGUUAUGUAUAGUUAACACCAAGUGUGUGUUUGUUUCUGUAUA